AUGUCGGGCCAGCGCAGAACGGGGGAAACUGGAGGAAAGCCAUUCCAGCUUUGCUUUUCGCCAGUCGAGAGUGCAGAGAGACUUCCGCUGCUAUGUCCCUGCUGCGGGGAUCUGUUUCGGGAUCCAACUGUCUCUUCCGGGUCUCUCUCUCCUGGCGCGUUCUCCGUUUCCUCCUCGGCGGCGGCUUCUCUUCCGGCCUCGUUCGCGCUCUUGCUGCCUCACACCGUCACGCCGCAUUUGCCUCUUCUGACGAGCUCAGCGAGGCGAGCGACGACGCGUCAACCCUGGUGUGCCGCGCCCCUCGAGGCUUUCUCCGAGCCGUGCUGUCCACGCCUCUCCGCCGGUGGAUCUUCCUUCUCAGCUUCGCGCGCACAUCUCGGUGCUUCAAGCGGUGCGGCCUUCGCAACCGACGUGCGCUGCACCAAAUGCGGAGUGGCGAUUCCGCCUCUCCCGCCGGCUCCCUUCCUCUCGCCAGCGUCGGAGGCCCCGACAGCCUCCUCUCGAGCCCCGGAGCGUUCAGGGUUCCUGUCCUCGCCUCCGCCACAGCUGUCCGCCCGCAUUGGCUGUGAGUCUCUCGACGGUCCCUCUCUGGGAUUCGCUGUCUCUCUCCUCUGCGCUUUGGUCUCGUCGAUGCUCCGUCUUCCUUCGUCCCACCCUCUCUCCUGUUCCCCGCCGUUUCCCGAAGGGCGAGGAGGUCUCAGUUCCGACAGCGCGAGGGCGGUGCCUUGCCGAGAGCAAACAGAGACAGUUGUCUCUCGGGCCGCUCGGGAGUCCCCACCGAGGAGACAAGGCGCGCGGCCCCUCCUGGGCUCGCAGCAGUGGCUGGUCGAACGCGAGCGUGAGCAGAAUGCUAUUGCGACGGCGCUUCUGCCUCUUCUGCUUCUGUCUCCGAAAGACGCAAUGGCCUCGGCCUCUGUGAUCUCCCCCUCGCUCCGUGACGCCCCGCCCUCCCUUUCUCAUGCGUCCUCUUUUUCGGCGGGUCCCAGACGCGACGAGAAACUGACAAACGCAGGGGGAGCGGAAGGCACAGCCACGCGGCGAGACUUCGAAUCUGAGAGCGCGAGAAUACAAACCAGCUGUGGAUUUCGCCUCCUCCAUCUUCUGCGACUCUCCGUCCGCACGGUAUCCUUCUCUGCUCUCCACGGCCUCUUCCCGUCCAUCUCCUCUCUCUCGUCUCCUCCUCGGCUGUCUUCCGGCUGGGCCUCGCCUUCAUUGCCUGUUCGUCGCCAUCGUGGUGCGUCAGGUUCAGUGUCUCCUGAGAAAAAUGACAACCUGGAGGUCAUCGUCGACCGGCAAGAAAGGAACGGCGUUGAAAAGGAAACAGAGGCCGCGGAGUCUCUGCGACCCGGCUUCAGUCCAAAGGAUGAAGCGUGGCCUUGGCUGUUGCCCGACGAAAACGCGUUCAUCGGUCAGGUCGGAGCGUCUCCCUCGCGGAAGUUGCUAUCGUUCGCCGUUCACUCCCAGGACGCCUUCCUCGGUUCCCUGCUUCAUCCUCUCAUCGUUCCGUCUGCCUGGACUUCCGCCUCUUCAUCGACUGGUUCCCAACUCUCUCUUAGGUCGCCUUCGUCUCCAUUGCGGCCUUGUGCUGACGCCAGAGAGAGUGGAGGCAACGCCUUGGCGUCGCCGUCCUUCCCGGAGGCUCCGGCUGUCUCGCGCUUUUCAGCUGACCGAAAUCUCCCGUGUCUCCUUCGCGAGGCCGUGCCGCACCUUCGUCUGGCUCUGGUGCUGGGGACGGGUCUCGGUCGUCUCCUCGAGUCGCUUUCCCUUGCGCCUUCCUGGCAGACUCGAAAUGACGCAGAAGCUCAGGACGCAGCAGACAACGCAGCCGACAAGGACAGAGAGGAGACAGUCGCUGAGGAAAGUGAAGACGAAGGGAGCGACGAAGGCGAUGAUGUCAUUUGCAUCUCGUGCUGUGAGGGCUUUGGCGAGCGUCUCCAUCUCGCACGCGACCGUGCACAAGCGAUGGACGAGAGAAAACGAACUUCCUUCUCGAAUGCGUCUUCGGCGCCUCCAGCGUCUUCGAGUCCAGAUGGACUCUUGUCUCUUCUUCUGUCUUUUUCCAGCUAUUUCUCUUCUUUCGUCUGCUCUUCCGCUGCUUCAUCUCUUCGUACUUCUUCCUCGUCCACGUCCUCCGCCGCCGGUUCUCUUUCCCUCUCUUCGGUUCGUCCUAGCCACACACGCCGCGGGAGAGGCGGCGCGACUCGCGGUCCGUGCCUUCUCUAUUCGCCUUCUCUGCUGGUGCUGGCAGAUGCCCUUGAGCAACGGGGAGGAACUCAGACACACCGAAGCUGCGGCUUUUCCUUGCUUUCUUCCCAGUCUUCCGCGCCCGCCGCGUCUGCUCACGCCUCCCCUCUCGCCUCUCUUCCUCAUCCCUGGGAGCCUGGGACAGCCCUCGUUCUCACCGCUCUGUGCAUGUGUCAAAGACAGAGCUGGGCCUGGCCGUUUGUUCCCACUUCGUCCCCGCUGUCCCUUCAGUCUCUCCUCUUCUCGCCCUCGGGCUUCUCGUCUUCUUCGCCCUCGCUCGUUCGUUUCCUGUGCGAAGAGCGAGACGUCAGUGAACUGCACACAGGCCAAUCUGGAGACGCCCCUUUGCCGGCGUCCUUAACGUCUUCGGUCUCCGGCUCGGUGCCUUCUUUGUCUCCUCUCUCGCCCGCUGCCGCCCUAUCGCUCCAUCUCCUCAAACCUGCUCUCGCGUGGCUCUACCUGGCUGGCUGCAGCGCCUCCCUCGUCGACCGAGGUCUGUCCGACUUCUCGCCCUUCCCUUCGUCUCCAUCUCUCCCUUCUGUCUACAAAUCGUCGUCUAUCCUGUCGACUGAGGGGCCGUGUCGAGUGUCGCGACCUGCAGGCGCCUCUCCGUCUGCCGCCGCGCUGUCUUGCGGCCGUUCGCUCGCCUUCGCUAUGCACCUUUUCUCGGCCGUAGUUCGACGUCUUGGACUCGGAUCUGGUCCAUCGGCUCUUGUCACACUGGGCGAAGACGCAUGCGGAGGGCCAGCAGGGGCGAGCCCCAUUGAGACUUUGUUCUCUCUUUUCUUCUCGCCCGAUCUAAGCCGGUCAACUUCCAGGUGGAGAAGCCUCAGCAAGACCCCAUUGCCGUCUGCGUUGCUGUCACCGUCUCCCUCGCCCCCUGUGUCUCUUGUUUCGCCCACUGCCUUUUGGCGUCGCAGCUGUCUUCUCCUUCUGCUCGGUCCCCCCACCUACACGCGCAUCCUCCAAGUUCGCAGGAGACGCCCACCGCCCUACUCCUCCUUCGUUCCUUCCUCUUCAGAUUCCUACUCCGUUUCAUAUUCUACCCCGGCCACUUCUUCGUUCCUCUCUGCGUCCUCCCCUGGUGCCCCGUCGGCGGCUGGUCUUGCCGGCGUUGUUGCUGAAGACGCAGACAAUCAACGCCUUUCUCGCUUGCUGCUUCCGUGCUUCCUUCUUCACUCCGCUUUCAACCUUCGCGCUCUGCAAGAAGCCACGGGGCUCUACGCAAGUUCAGCGCUCGACUGGAGUCACAUUUGCGCCUCCUUCGUCUUCCUUUUUUUCCCGGACAUGCCUCACUCCGUCGCGGGGGCUGAUGCCGCUCCCGUGCGCGCACCCGCUCACCGGGAGCGAGGCGCGAGACACGCACGUGCGCCGGAAGCUAACGAAGGCCGGGAGAACGCCGCGCGUGACCGUUCCGCGAUGGUAGCCGUCUUCACUGCGCUUCUUAAACUCGCCAUCGAGGGACGCGUCGCCGACAGGCAAACCGCGCCGGUCGACGGACCGGAGACAGGCUACGCAGGCGAAAAGGUGUCAGGCAACCGGGACCGACCGCGGACUGCUGCGCAUGCGCCUAGCGACCUCGCGGACGCAGCGGCGGAGGGAAACGCGAAGGCGACAACGGACGAGUUUGCCGAGAAGAAAGCCGCGAGGAAGUGCGAGAGUGAGAGAGGCCAUCCAGGAGACGAGGAGCGAACCCACGCCACGGUAGGUUUGCGAGGAGCUGGCGAGUCUCGAGUCCGCUUUUCGGUUGGCCGACGCCUCGAGGACGGCGCGGCGAAGAACUGUGCGAAGAGAAACAAAUCGCGCUUCGCUGCAUGCGACCGUCUUCUCCUCCUCACGCUCGCGAGACUCAUCUGGGCUCUGGCCGCCUCUCAGGUGCCGCCAGAAGCCUCGCUCGAAGUCCCGGACGCCGACAGCCGAGGCGUGAAGCCUUUUCGGACAGCUCAGCGUGGGGCGUCCUCGCAUUCCAACUCCCUCGCUUCUUGCCUUUCGUCUCCGCGUCUGUCUUCGUUGCCUUCGUUUUCUGACGCUACUUCCUCGCCCUCAUCCGCCGCAUCUGCUUGCUCUUCGCCUGCGUCUAGCGGUCGGGAUGAACUUGAGGCGUGGACGGCGGGGAGACGGGAGUGGCUCUGGGCCUCUUUUUCGCUUCUGCUUGAUGCCCGGGAGAAGCUUUUCGGGUCCUCUGGAAGCAUGGGGCUGGAGCCGAAUGCGUGCGCGGAGGCCGGAGAGAGACAGGCCAAAAGGAAGAAGAACCACGAGAAAGACGGAGCCUGCGAGGGCAACGUGACGUCUUGCCACGCAACACAGUCGUCAGAGGAGGGAGACUCCCAACCUCUCCUCGUCAUCGACGAGGACAUGCGCGUGGCUGGUGUGAACGGAGAAGGCCUUGGAAAUGAAACUGCAGGAAACGUGGGGGCGAAAGCCGUCGGUACGAAGCCGGCAACGCCCGCACCGGCAUCGAGAGAUUUGAGAGACAGGGCGCGACCCAGGAGGGGCAUGCGACUUCCCAGCACUCCUGCUGGAAGAACGACUUCUCUCCACGACGACGGCCAAGGAGAACAAGGUGAAGAGGAGGAUUGUGACGCGGUUGACGUUCCUGACAGAAUCGCUUCCCCAGACGCCUCGACCGGAUUGGCGGACUUUGUUACUUGUCACCUUCUGGAAAUUGAAGAACUUCUCCUCCACUGUUUGUUUCCAUCUUUCCCGCUACCUCCAGCUACGCGGCAGUACCUUUCAAAUUACCUUUUCCUGUUUUCUUCGCCUCACGAGCUUCCUCAGUUUUUCGUCUCUUUCCUCUUGCGGCCGCCUCCCUCCCUCUCGCUGGGCGCCAUGGACAGGAUCUUUGUGGACGGAGGCGGCGACGCGUCGGUCGACAGAGACGCCCGCACACAGAGAGGGCCUGGCAUGGCGCCGGCUUCUUCGCCACCCUCGGCCCCGCAGGCGGCCGCGCCAGGAUUCACCUCGCCUGAACGAGAGCUUCGCUGGCGAGAAGCGAAACUUCAAAACGCGCUCGCCUCCUCACUCGACAAACCGCGGGGGCUCAGGGCUCUCUUCCUCUGCAUUGCGUGUGCCCAUCGAGGCCUUCUCGGCACGCAUGCAGCGCGACUCAUCGACAGUCUGCGCCAUGCAUUUGAGCAGUGCAAACGGCAGCUGGAGCUCCGCUCGUUGCCGGGAGAAUUCGAGUCCGGCGGGGAUGUCAACUCCACAGCCUCACGACCCACAUGUCGCUCUCUGCCGCCCGGUGCGCCUUCUUCAUCCUUUCCUUCCUCCUGUGCCGCUGUCGCCGCCUCGCCCUUGCCUUCGUUCCCUGCAUAUAGAUCGCUUGCGUGGUCUGUCGGCCGCCGCGUGCGCCUCCCCCACGAUGUCUGUCAGGUGUAUCUAGGCGCUUUCCGCCUUCUUUUCAUAUCCUUCUCGCCGUCGACUUUGCUCUUUUACACGCCCUUUUUCCUGUACACGUUGAGCGAGUUUCUCGAGCUGAAAGAGCCUGCGUUCUCUUCUGCCGUCAAGGCCACGGCAGACAAGGAGACUCGAACGGCGCGCCGCGGGCGAGAGCGAACGUGGGCACCCGAUAUUCGGCCGAGGCCAGCGACGGUUGGUGGCGGAAACCCCCAGGAAAGCGCAUGUCUUGCCGAGCCUUUUGAAACUCCCGAAUCGAGUGCAGACUGUCGGGAACGCGCGAGCAGCUUCGAAUCGUGGAACAUGCAAGAGGCCCAAAGGCUCGUGCUUCUCCUUAUCAGGCGUGCAAGUCAAGCGGUCGGGGAAGACGGCGAACUCCCUCCGUCCGCGCUCUUCGCAGCCCUAGCCUGCACGCCAGUGUUUCCGGCUGUUUCAGACUGCGACGCUGCAGAGACGACGGGAAGGAGUGGAGUCUCGUCGCUCUCUGCUUCCAGUCAGUAUGACUGGGAGACGAGCACGCAGGACCGUCGGCCAACAGAGCCUCCGGGAGACGAGGGCGACAAUGUCUUCUUCGCGCACGUUGACGACAACGGGAAUCCUCCAGAGAUGCCGGUGGUGUCAUCCGCGUCCAGCCCCCCGUCCGUGGGCGAUCUGGACCCGUCAGCCCCAUCUUCUCUCCUUCCCCUCCUCUCUCUCCUGCCUUCCUUUCUCUUUUGCCCGACGGCGUCUCUCUCCUCGCUUGCUGGCGCGCCUCCUCUCCCUGCCGCUUCGGCCCGGUCGGAGGGACGGCGUCACUGCAUGCCGGCCGGCCCCGGGGCCCUGAAAGCCGUCUGUCGCGUGCGUCGCUGUCGGCGGUUUCUUUCCUUCCAGCGCCGGCAUCCGCUCGAAGUUCUCGCCCUGCGCUUGACUGCGAUUGCCGCCUUUCUGGACGAUCUUCAUCCCUACCUCACGCGGCUCUCGGCUGCCUGUCUGCUCCAAAAGUUCUUGCUGGCAUACGGGACUGUGCUGACGCGUCUCGUGCAUGCAGCGACCGAAAAAGGCGGAACAGGAUCCGCCUCCGCCGUGUGCAGUCGCGUCCAGAAAGGCCUCGGGCAGGACGAUGUGGACGCAGCAAGGAGACGAGUCGAGGGCGAAAGAGCUGCGAUCCACCUGCUAUCGAAGUCGAUGGAACCGAAAGCUCUUCCUGUCGCCUGCGUGGCCCUCCUUGGUUUUCUCUUGCCUCUCGUCGCUCUGCCUUCCUUCCCCUCUGCCUCCCCGUCUCGGGCGCCAUCCUCAUCCCUCGCCGCCCUCCGCGGCGAGCCGGAGAGCCUGUCCGUCUCCGCUGCCGCUGUCGCGUUGCUUCUCUCUUCUUCCUGUCCGUCGGCUUCUGCUCUCGCACCGGCGGCAACCUCUGGCAGUCCCUUCCUCCCCCCUCGCGCUUCAAAACUGUCUCCUCUCGCCCCUGCGGCUAGUGCGGGCUCGGGGGCUCCGCUGGCCUCUUCAGCUGGAGCUGGAGCACCCACUGGAGAUUGCCCGUGGCGAAUCGGAGACGAAGCGCAACUGUGUUGCGGGCUGCUGGAGCGCGUCCUGAUCUCCCACCUCCAGCUUCCAGUCGCGGCCUGCUCUGCCCAGGAGAUCUUGCGGCAGUUAGGCUUUCACAUUCACUCCGAGCCGGGUAAGAGCAUGCGUCUACAGAGAGGCAGCCGCACUGUCUUGUCUUUGUUUUUCUGCCUUUUCGCUUCAGGGCGCCUCGAGCUGAUGUUUCCUUCACUCGUCGCGAUGUUCCGCGCGGAACAGAAAUCGUCUUCUGUCUCCCCGUCUCUCUCUUCCUCCGCGCUUUCUCCGUUCUUCCAUUCGUCAUCUGCGCCGUCCGUAUCGAACCCCUUCACGCCGGCCGCCCUGACAGCUCUGCUACGGUUUCCCCUCGAGUCUCUCUCGCCUGCGUCUCCUUCCUCGCUGACGAGCGUGAACGAAGAAGCGUCGCUUCGAGCGUAUCUCUGGCGCCUCGUGUUUCCUCCGCAAGUCCGCACGGCCCUGCUGCCUUACUGCUUCACGUCCUACGAGCGCACGAGCGCGUCUGUGCCGUCGUUUUCCUCCCACAGCGCAGCCUCCCCGGGAUUGAGGGGACCACGGAGCGGGCGAGACGCAGGGACGAACAAGACGAACGCUCGCGGAAAAGUCUGCGGAAGAUGCGGCAUAUAUAUAUAUGUUGUUCUAGUUCUCGCUUUUUGUCUCCAGUUGCGUGCGCUGCCGUCUCGGCGGUUGAGGGCCGAAGCCUUGACGGGUUGCAGCUGUGUUUCGUGUCUUUGCGCGUUGCUGUCUUUUGCUCGUUGCGCUUCGCUUUCAGCGGCACGGCGCGGCGCAUCGCCUGCGGGGCUUCCGGUCUUCGUGACUUGGCUUCUCCACCAGCUCCAGACGCAGCUGGUGACCUUGGAGGCCGCUGAGCGACGCCAGGCCAAGGCGUUCUCUGAGGCAGGUGCCGGAAUGGAGGAAAAAGCCUCCCACUCAGAUCUCAAACCGCUCGCGAAUGAGCGACAGAAAAGCCGGCCGAAGCUGAAGAGUGGCGGGUCGCAGAGAUCGUCUCAGCGUUCGUCAUCUUCUCGCUCUGCGUCUGCCCUCACUUGCGCGGGUGCGCGAGGCACAGAUGAAGUGAUUGUUCUCUCUUCCUCGGCCUCUUCUUCCGACGAAGAGCGGCGGCCGUCUGGGCGGAAACGCGAGCGCGAGGCUGCCGUCUCGAGUUCCGCGGUGCGGCGCAGUGCGCUGCGCCUGGCGAUCUUCCGUGCAUGCGACGUCGUCCUGCUUCAGCUUCCAAAGGUGCUUUCCUUUCUUCUGCCCCACAUGGUGGACUCUUUUUUGUCGUCUGCUUCAGACCCCGUCAAAGCCGCCGAGGCGCUAGGCAGGCGCAUUGCGGUGCUCCUCCUCUCUUCGCUCGAGGGCGGCGACUACGGGGAUGUCCGGGAUGUCCCCGGCGAGGAGAACAAGGCGGCGCAGCGCCUCGAGCGCGACAGAGCGAGCGAAGAAGAGAGAGAACGAGGAAGGCCACAGACGGGAAGCCGAGAGAUCCCGUAUGGAAGGAGCGACAGCCAGGCAGCCUUUCAGGUGAGCCGAAACGUGAAAAGGAAGAAACCUCCGCCAAGCAGCGACCUACACACACACACACACAGCGGCGCAUGGCGGUACUGCACUCGCCGAGUGUUCCCGAGCUUCUGCGUCCAUCCUUGCCGCUCUGAGGGGUGUCGUGUCUCUGGCCAGGCCGUUUUUUCCCUCUUCCAAAAACUCCAGUCCUGGCGUGCCUGGAUUGCUUCGCAUGCGCUGCCGCGUCUCGCGUCUCGCCUGCGGCCGCUAACCGAAGAGCUCAAAUCUUUGCAAAAUGCUUCGUCGCCUCCUUCGGUCUCGCCCGUGUCUCUCGCGGCUCUCAUGUCGAGUGCGAACGACGACCGGGGACCGUUGGGCGAGAGGGACGUGGCGAGGGGGCCUUCGCAGAAGACUGACGACGCACGGAGACAAAGAGUCGUUCUGCUUUCUCGAUCGAUCCAGCGCUACCGAGCGCAAGAGCACAGACAAAAAGCCGUUCUUCAGGCCCUAGGAAGGCUCCUCGAAAGCGUGCCCUCUACUGGAUUGAGGCGGAGAUGGCUGCCAACGUGUUCAGUUCGCUCUACCGCCGCACCAGCCUGGGGAUCGUGGGCCUUCCUCCAGCCGUUUUUGCCUCUUUUUCGUCUCGCUCUUCGCCGUCAUCGUCCCCGAAGAAGGACGGCUCCCCGGGCGCCUCCCAACCCUCGGCGCUUGCCUCGACAUCUGACAAACUGCCAGGUGCAUGAGACGCUUUUCUUCGCCUCCGUGCCGCUGCUUCUCAGCAUCUUCCGGGGCCUGCAUGCAGGCGACGCGCUCGUCGGGCUCCUCGAAACCUGCAAGUGCCUCGCCAGCGUCGGCGUGGCCGACGGGGCGGCUUCCCCUCUCUCUUCGGCUUCCGCGUUUCGUGGUUCUUCUCCUCUGCCUUCUGCUUGCUCGGGCUCGAGGGGUCGGGAGUCCCGCCGCUCCGAGCGAGAGAGCGAAGGCGCGCGGGGGGAAAACGCGGACCCGCGCGGAACAGCGUCGCACGUUGAAGACGCUCAAGACGAAGAGAAAAACAGGAAGGCGGCAAGAAACAGACACGAACGACGAGACGCAUGCCAAGAUUUGCACUCCGAAGUAGCAAGGAAAGACGCGAUGGAUGGGCAAGGCGACGAUGGCGCUCUCAGCACCACGACAGACGACACGGACGUCGAUGAUCUCGUUUUCGACCGUGACGAGAGAGAAACGGGAAGCGACGAUUCGCAUCUCGAUAUGAGGGCCAUCGAAAAGGAAUUCCAGCAGCAGUGGAAUGAGGCAGCCAUGCUCUAUCUCCAAGGGGAGAGAAAGGAAGGCAGUCGCCUGCGUCUCCUGUCUCCUGCUGGCCACUGGGCAGGGUGGUUCAGGUGCGUCACGCAUGCAGGCCUCAAGUGCUCGUCUGGUCUGUGGCCUUCGCUCUCUUGCCUUCUUUCACUCGCCACUUCGGAGAUCAAGGCUCGCCCUCGCCACGAGCACGACGCCGCCGCCGGGGCCGAGAGGCGACAGCAGCGUCUGCAGCCCACCGCCCGUUCGUCGCCUGCUUCGCUUCCGAGCGGGUUUCUGGCGGACGCCGCAGCUGCGUGCUGGAGCCUGGGGAAGUGGGGCGAUCUCGCGCUGGUUCUCGCGGCGGCUUCGCCCCCCGCCUCACCUGUCUCUUCGCUCUCUCCUCCUCCCGCCGCACACGCAGGCACGCACUCGCGCCCCACAGAUGCCGUCGAAAGCUGGUUGUCUCUGCAGCAUGCGCAGCUUCUCUCUCUCGUCCACCAAGCGCUUCAACGGCGUCCUCGCUGCGUCGGCGACGCUCCAAAACCCCCUGCGGCGGAGGGCAGUCUGACUUCGACGAGACUCCAGCGGCUGCCCCAGCAAGAAAGACGGAGCCCGCUCGACUCGGCUGCGCCUGGCCACAAACGGCUGGCGAUACCUGGUAGCGGCCUCUCUCCUGCCUCGACUUCGCUUCCGUCGCCGGCGGCCGUUGCUCCCGCCUGCCCUCACCGAGGACUCGCCGCCUUCCUUUCCCAGGCGGCCUCUGUGCAUGCAAACGCUCUUCGCGGCGUCUCUCGGCCACUGGGAGCGGCCCUUCGCGAGAGUCCCGAGCGCGCCGCGCCUCUGCUGCGAAGCAUGGCGGCGCUGUGUGACUUGUCUUUGGUUCUUCAGAACGCGGGGCUUCCUCUCUUUUCCUCCGAUUCGACGUCCGUCGGCCUUUCUCGGGCCCCGCGUCGCGUUCGCCCGGUGACGCGUCCGAAUCUGUGUCUUGCGCCCGCGUCUUCCCAGCUUCACGACGUUGCUGAAAACGCAGAAAACGAAGGCUUUCUCUCUCCGUUCGGGAGUCGGCCGUCUCUCGCUCCCUCGCCUUCGCUGCGUCUUCCCCCGAGUAUCUACGACCAGGUCUCGGUCGCCUCGCUCCUUCUUCAAAGGUCUGCCCUCAGCUUCCAGACGGCUGCGCCUGCGUUCGCUGCCGCCUCGGCUUUGCGCGCCUCCCAGUCGGCGUCCUUUGCCUCCUUCCACGCGGUUCUCGGCGCCGGGAAAGUCGCGCUGGAGCAGACCAAUCAGCUGAUCGCCGCUGCAUGCGUCGGCGUGGCCAUUCGCGAGCGAGCGCGAGAGCUCAGAUCGCCUUCUCUCCAAGUCCCGGGCUUUCUUCAGUUCUCUUCCGAGGACACCCGGUGCGUCCUCUCUCAGGCAAACGCUUUGCUGAGAAGAAGGAAAGGACGUGGAUCCAGAGGCGCGGGGGUUGGAGCAGAAGACGGGGAAACCUCCGACUCGAUCGCUUCGCAAGACGAGAGUGAAGCUGAGAGUGGCGUCAUCCGAGAACUCGUCUAUCGAAUGAAAGUCGAAGGCGUCUUUCCCUUCCUCUCGCGUUCUUCAGGGACAAGUGACCGACGGACUCCAGGCCUUGAGCCGCCUCGCAUCUGCUUUCUCGUCGCCCUCUGCUUCGUCGCUCUCUCCGUCCUUCUCGUCGGUCUUCCCUUCGGCUGCACCAUCCGCGCUUCUGCUGUACACGCGGGAGGCGGCAAAGCGCCUUCUGCUUCCGCCCCACGGCACCAUUUCCUGCUUUCACGCCUCUACCUCAAAUCUCUCGCGCAUCUCUCUGUCGCGGCUUCUUCUGUUUCUGCGACUGCCCAUCCCGUCUCGUCCUUUCCCCUUCUUCCGGAAACGCGAAACGACGAACGCGCCUCGCUCUAUCACCACUACAGCAUCCACCGGAUCUGCGCCCUCGUCUUCACCUUUUGCACGCCUUCGACGUUCAUCUCGCCGCACACGCGUCUGGACCAGUCCACGUGUGAAGCGUAUGCAGCGCAUCUUUCUCGCCUGCUUACUGACGAGGACGCAGUUGAAGGAAACCGAAUCUCUCUUUCUCUUUGGUUCCUGGCUCUGCCUCAAGUAGCCUGCCGCUGCCAGCAUCCUCUCCUCGGCCGCGACUUCUGCGAGGCGCUCCUUGCAAAACUCCUGGCAGCCUUCCCGUGGCGAACGAUGUGGAUGCUUGCCAGUCUCUCCAACUCAGUUGCGCGCGAAAAGGAAGCAUUUGCGCACGGGGUGUUGACUGUGGUUUGUUUUCUGUUUUUUAGGCAGCAGAAAUCCAGAAGCGGUCCAUCGUUGCCACGUCGGGCCGAGGCGCAGUUCGGGUGCUCGAUGUCUACCGAGUCGCUUCGGUGUUUGUUCGCGAAUUCCACAAAGUUGCCAUGGACGAGGCGAUUCGAAAAGAAGAUGCCUUGCAUGCAAACCAGCGGUACCCUGAACUCUACGAGUAAGACACGACACAAAGGACGAUGCCUGCGUUGCCGUUGUUUCCUUCGUGCCAGGAUGAUCGCAUCUCUUUCUGAGCCCUCUAGCCUCGCCUCGCCUUUGCCUUGCAUUGCGCUUCCGACCCUCGCGAACCUUCGACUGUCUCCUGCGGAGGCUUCCCGACCGAAAAAGGUGACCGUCGUGGGGAGUGAUGGCCGCACUUACGCGUUUCUCGUCAAGAAUGAACGCCACGGUGAUCUGAGGAAGGAUUCAAGGUACUGUUCCGGCACUCUCGCCUUGCAGUUUCCGUCUUUCUCUCUCGUCUUCCUUUCCCUCAAGUCGCGCUCCGCCUCUGUCUCCUCUGGGCCGCAACCCGUCCACGUUUUCAGGACGAUGGACUUGGCCGAGAACGUGAAUGCGUUGCUGGCGCACGAUCCGGCGUGUCGCGCGAAGAAUCUGAGAGUGAGGCUUUCCUCCUGUCUCUUGCUUCGCCCUUUCGGUCUCCGAUUUCUCAGAACCUUCAGCGUUGUCACCCUCAGCGAGGUGACGGGCAUGAUUGAGUGGGUCGGGGGUCUGACCACCUUGCGGCGAUGUGUCUCCUCUCUCUACAGCGAGAGUCUCCCCGACUUUGCGCAGCGUUCCUCAGAGGUAAGGCGAAGAAGAGAUGUAAAGGAGAAGAAAAAGAAGAGAAGUCAAAGAGCGAUGUGUACAUGUUGCUCUGAUUCCCUGCUUGUUCUACUCUUCGUUUCCAAGUUCUUUCGAGCCUUUCAACGCGCACAAGAGCGUCGAGACCAUCAAGAGUGCUACCGCGUUUUCACUCAGCUGGGUCUCGGCCGCUUGCCUCCUGUUAUGCAAAGAUUGUUUUUCCACUGGUUCAACGAAGACCCUGCGCGUUGGUACUGCGCAAGGCAGAACUACGCCCACACGCUCGCCCUCUGGUCGACCUUUGGUUUCAUCAUCGGCCUCGGCGACAGGUACGCGCAGCACGGCGAGAACAUUCUUGUCGACACUGCAGACGGAUCCGUCAUGCACGUCGACUUUGACUGUCUCCUUGAGAAAGGCCGAACCUUGCCUGUCCCCGAGGUCGUUCCGUUUCGUCUGACUCAGAACCUCGUGAGCUGUCUCGGAGUGACAGGCGUCGAGGGCCCUUUCAAAGUUGCUGCAGUCGAGGCAAUGAACGUCGCGAGGCAGAAUCGGGAGAUUCUCAUGUCCAUCUUGAUGAACUUUGUGUACGAUCCGCUGGUCGAGUGGCGUCACGCAGGUGCGCGUCACGCUCAGCUCCAGCAGCGCAAGCACAGCUCGGCGAAACCCGGCGGAGAGUCUUCGCAUUCUCUGAAGGAGGGGUGGGAGAGGAUUGCGUACGCGAGCCUCGUGGAAAUUGACUACAAGUUGCGAGGCGGAGUCGGAGGGAUUUCUCGCUCCUUACCCUCUCACUUUCCCUCGAGGCUACUCGCAGGCGCCGACGCGAGCACGGCUGGUGGGAAAGGACGGCAGAGAUCUGGGGGCACGCGCGAUGUGAGGGAGAAAGAAGAGAAGGAACCGCGAGGCAGCGCUGGUGUAGGAAGCGGCAAACCGGGAGAGAAGACAGAGGGCCAAGGGAAUCCUGCAUCAGAACACAUCCAGGGAGGAGGAUCCUCUUCCUCUCUGCCCGUGCGAGAACAAGUCGAAGCUGUAAUUCAAUCUGCCAUGAGGCUCGAUAGUCUAGCCAGAAUGUAUGUCGGAUGGGUCCCCUGGCUCUAA